AUGGACACCGUCGACUUGGACCAACUAUUUGAGGAAUACGUUGAGACAGACUUUCUCCAGCAUUGCAGUGACCCAGUAGUGGACCGUUCCAGCUCUGAAGAUCUUGCACGGCUCUUUGAUCUCUCGUCGACGAAUGAGAGCGCGGUAUACCCAAGCACGCCUAUACUCCAUCAGGACGAGGAUAUGGCUUGGCAGCAGGCUGUCCAGAAGAGUGGACAAAACCCAGCCUUGACCGUGUCUAACGAUUCCUUCUCAUUCCGCGUUGACGCAAAAGGCAAAGAGUCGCUCAGUGAUUCGGAACUUCUUAACUUUGAAGAUCUCUUCGACUCGGAACGAAACCAAUUGCGCUCCUACUCACAGCCUUCCACACCACGACCUCACACUACAAAGGCUAUCAAGAAGGCUGUCUCCUUCCACCAGGACCACUCACUUGUUCGUGGUAUUCACAAGUUGUCGAGAAAAACCUCAACCCCCGCCUUUGCAAAGAUGAUGCAGCCCUCGUUUUAUCGAUCACCCAUCCCGGACGUAUGGUCGCGCAAGAUGGAAGCAACAGCAGAUGCUUACAGCAUGAGGGUAGCUCCUCAUGGCAUCACAUCGCCGCCUCCAUCAUCGAAGCUCACUCAUCACGAGAAUUCGAGUGGUUUCUUCAGUCAACAUGCGCAGCCUUACGCAGAGGAUCAAUCGCCCCUAGCCAGCCCUACCACCAACCACAACGGCAUGAACUUUGCCAACUACCAAAUCACACCACAAGCAUCGCCAGCAAUUGGUAUUUCGAACAGUAAUAACAACAGCAACAACGACCCGUUCAACGACAACAUGGGCCUCACUUUCAGUUCAUCAGUGUCGAGUGCGGCUCUUUCAGCCUUACAGACCCCGCCCUCCUCACUUCGCAUGCCCAUGACGACGUGGGGUCCAACCGACACAUCACCCGCCAUGGACUUUGGAUUUUCAGCCUCGCCCGACUAUUCCACCACCAAGACUGCUGGCUGGUGGGACAACACUGACGCCGCAGCCGUCGGCCCCACAUACCGCGAGUCAAAUCAACGAACCACGAGCCAAUAUAGCAACGGCUCGAUGGAAGGACUCGGGAUAUCCUGCGACAGCGCAUCGUUUGGCGACUUUGGCGUCGCCGGUCUGGGCAUCAGUAAUGGCAAUGGAGACACCCUCCGCCAUCAGGCAAGCCAUCAAAAUCUCAACGCUGCGCGCAGAAAAUCGAGCGCGGCGGCUCCACGACAGGCGAGCACGCCGAAUGUAGGCUUCGUCAACUUCACGCCGCACGAUAGCCGCAAGAUCUUGACGGGCGUGGCGCCGAGCGGGAGUAGCAAGACGAAAGCGCGCCGCGAGAAGGAGGCGGCUGAGAAGAGACGGAAGUUGAGCCAGGCGGCGAUGAAGGCGGUCAUGGAGGCGGGUGGGGAUGUGGAUAGUUUGAGGAGAUUGGAGAGGGAGGGGUUGUUGGUGUUGGAAAAUUGA